UUCGUCCACAUCCCUCUCGAUGGUAGUCGUAAUCUCCUCACCAAUCCCUAGACCCUUCCACUCCCCCUCUCUUCAGUCUCCAAGAAACCCUCGAUCCCUUCCAUUCUUCGAAAAGGGCCCCGUUGGCUUCCGAUCGACGCUGCGUCAACGUGGCCUCGCCUCGAUGGUGCUGCCCUCCUCCUCCUCUCCCUCCCUCAAAGGUACAUUUGAUGCAGAAUUGAAAAGUCCAAACCCUGGCGUCACAGGAGAGAGCGACUUGCUGAUUGUAGGACCAGGUGUUCUUGGUCGAAUGGUUGCUGAAAAGUGGAGGCAGGUUUGUGACAAGUUUCUUAACACUAUAAACAUAUUCACGCAUGAUCUAGUUUCUUUUCUUUAAAGAUUUGUGGUCCUUCCA